AUGAGACGCCAGGCCUCGAAGCCCCCUACCCCGCGCCCUCCGGGAGACGCCCCAGACCCAGCCAGACCCGGGGCGUCUUCCCUGCAGCUCCUGGGAGUCUGGGACGAGCUUCGCGGCUGUGGGGGGCUUCCCGCCGUGCGGAUGGGGGUUCUCAGCUCCUGUUGGUGUGAAGUGCGGAGCCCCUGGGGCGGACUCCGCUGGGGGACUUUCCUGGUGGCCACAGUGGGCUGGGCGGGUUGCUCUCCCCCCCAGGCCUCAGCGCCUCAUCUGUACACUGUGGAGAAAAGUGUGGGGAUGAGGCAGGGGUGGCUCCGAACCGCACCCUCCGGGGGCCUCCUGGGGAUGGGGCUGGCACUCACCUGGCCUGGCCCCGGGGCAGUGGGCAGGCCUGACCUCUCCCGAGGUCACUGGGAAUUGCAGGGGCAGGCCCUGGGUGGCCGGCCUCUCCUAGGCGGGGCUCCCGGUCCAGUCUACCCCGCUCCCCACCUUGGGCCUGGCCUCCCCGCCCGAGGCCACGAGAUUCGCCAGGAGACCCUGGGGGUCGUCGCAGACCACCAAGGAGGGGGCGGCACACGUGCGGCGUCUGCCCUGGACAGGACGGAACUUCAGUCUGGCCCAUCGCAACCCCGCAGCCGCCACCCUCCGCGCCGCGCAGGCCCCAGCGUGCCGGGGCGGGGGCUGCAGCGCAGGCCAGGCUGGCUCAGACGGGCGAUGUGGGAAACGAAGCCGAGUCCCCAGGGGAGGGGAGAGAAGAGAGGGGAGCUUAAGUGCCCAGAUCGUCAUGAAGCCUGCGCGGUGAUUUAUGGGGGCCGGCGGGCUCUCUGGCCAGCCCCACCCCCUCCGCCCAGUCCCCCGCGCCCCGGAGACACACGGGGGGCGGGCAGGGAGGCCAGCAGGCGCCACCCAGCACCCAAGCUCUGCUUUGUCUCCUGGGAACAGAGCCCCUCUGUGUGCCGGGCCCUGCCGGCUCGGAUCUGGGGCGACCUCGUGGAACCCCUGCGUGCUCCAGCUGGGAAGUGCCAGCCCCGGAGGCCGAGCCCCUCUCGCAGCCUGAAUGGCAGAGUCUCCCCCGACUGGCCGGGCUGCCGGGCCGGGGGUGGCGGGGCCAGGGGCAGCCUGGGCCGUGGGCAGGAGCAGGGAGGCGCAUCUUUCUGGCGGGGCACGGUGUUCCAUAGCCAGACAGGGUGCGGCAUUUCAGGGGGGCUGGCCCAGGUGCCACUAAGGGCCGCGCUGGGACUCUCCUCUGCCGUGACCACACCCGGCUCCUCCCUCCUGUCAUUCCCAGGUGGCCCUGCCCCCCAUCUCUGGAGUCAUCCUGACUCCUCUCCCUGCCACACCCAGACCAGUCUCCAGCCCUGCGGUUCUGCCGCCUCUUGGCAUGUCCCCUCACCCGGCUGGAUGGUGCCCGAGCCCUGCCCAGCUCGCCCCCACCCACCCCUGCGGGGCUCCGUCCAGCCCCCAGCAGGAGUCCAGUCUGCCACGGGCCUCGCCCAGCCCUGCCUCCUCCUGGAAGCCCUCCCUGCUCUCCACCUGCGCACUGCCCUGAGGCCCAUGGCCUGAGCCAGAUGGGGGGUUCAGCAUGUCCGCCCGGGCCCCACAGGGCCCUCCGCCGGCGCCGGCCUGUCGGGGCCCCCUCUGGGAGCAGCCCUCGAGGAGGGACGGCCCAGAACCCGGGACUGGAGCGGAGGAGGAGAAGCGCCACUCCAUGCUCAGGGCCGCCGCGCCUCGCCCUCGAGUCCAGGAGCUGCGAGAAGCAGGCAGAUACGCCACUUUCCACCCGCGCAGUGGGCUCCCCGCAGGACUGCCGGACAGCGGGGGACGGUGCCGUGGGGCCAGGGACGCAGGAGCCCCGAGGCCUCGGGACAGCGCCUCCCCAGGCGGGUGCCCCCAGGCGGUGCUGUGGAAGGCCAGCCCCGAGGGGUGCAGGCCAAGCCGUGGCCCUCCCCGUCCUGGGUCAGCCUGCGGGAGGGUCGCCGUCACAGGCAGAGAGGCGCGGCGGCUACUCAGGGCAGAUGUUCCGGCUCACACAUCCCUGUGUGGGCCUGUUGCCUUAUCAUGGCUGCGGGGGUCCUCAGUGCCUCCUCCCGGCAGUGGCCAGCUUCUGCCAGGGCUCCCCUGGGCCAACCCAGUGUGCUCUGUGGGCCCUACACACCCUUGUCUCCCCCCUUGGCCUUCAUGGGUCUGUGGUGGCCAGCGGUCAGGGCCCAGCGGCCCGCCAGGGCCCUGGUGGCGGUGCUCAGCCAGCAGCCAAGUCUGGCAGCUCCCCUAAGACCCUCUAAACAGCGCCUGGGAAGGUCACCCCAGCCUGUUUCCCCAUGAUCUCUGAUCACUUGGUGGCUCUUGGGGAGGUCAGAGGCCUGCCUCAGGCAUGGGAAAGCUCCCCUGGGCUUUGGCCUGGACCCCACUUUGGGGGAACGUUGGGAAAGAUGAAUGCAUAAUGACAGAGGCCCUCAGUGCCUGUCCGCAUGAGAAACGGGGUUGGACGCACCCCCGGGGCUGGCGCCUGGGCGCAGGGCCUGUGGGCACGUCUCCCGGUGAAGUGGGGCGUCCACUGAGAACGACUCCAAGGUGGUUUGCGCUGGGGUGUGUAGGAGGUGGGGUUCCCUGGUGGCCACUGACCCCUUUUGCAGCUUCCAGGGAUCUUGUUCCACGAGCUUGUACUCCAUUCCCAGUGGGGAAAGUCAUUUAGAUGACAGAAGUGACCCCAUGGGGUAAAUUGAUCCCCAAAACCACCGCUGCGUGUUCCCCCAAAAGAGACCGUCAUACAACGCACUGUCCUGGGGGGCAGCACCGACCUCUUGGCACUUCCAGGCGUGAGGGCGGCGCCCUGCCGUGGGGUAAGUCCUCCGCGAGCCUCUGCCCGCUCUCGGGCUGCAUCCGGCGUCCGCGAGCAGGAACCGGCCUGGCACCCUGCGGUGGCAGAGAGCACGGCCUUUGGGUCAGACCCCGGCUCAGCCAGCCUGGGUGGGUGCGGGACGGACACGUGUCUGCCUCCCACCCGGGAUGCUGCUCUCAAAGCGUGUUGUCGGCAGUGGCCUUGUGAAGACCUACUGUGUGUGGAGACCCGCUGUGUGUGCCCUCCGGCCCUGAUGAUGCUCUCCCGCGUCGUGGCCUUCUCCGGCUCCGGUGUCAGCGGAGUGGCGGGUGUGACUGGCGCUUUUGCAAAAUCUGAAACGGCGCAGAGGCCAGGCCCCUGAAGGCUGCACAGCGGAAGGUUCUGUGUGUCCCGUUGGGCUCAGGAGCCCACGCCCCUCCUGGCGCUAGCAGCUCUGGCACCAGCUGCCUCGUCCCGCUUCCUGGCCACACCAUCACCAGGAAGCUGUCGGACCCUGGGCCCUGCAGACCGAGGUGAGACCACGGGAGGGACUUCACAUCCCUGGUCUGCCAAACACAUCAUGUGUCUGCCAAACAGGCUGGAGGGGGUGGCCGCCACAAGCUCGCCCAUCCCUGGGGUCCUGGGCAGGUGACCCCAGGGGUCCCGCAUCUCGUCCAGAAGUGCUCCGGCGGCUCACCAGCGCCUGGCCGCUUCCCUGCACCCGACCUGACAGGGCCGAGCCUGGCUGGACACCACUGCUGGGCUCGCGUGCCGUGGGUCUGGACCCUGCGGAUCAAGUGGGCGUGGUCUCCUGCCCGGCGCUCCCGCCCAGCAGCCAGCCCUCAGGUGGGUCCCGUCGGCCCCCUGCACUGGCCCCUCGGGGUCUCCCCAGGCCAUCCCUGCCUGGGGAGUGCUCACUGGAGGACGAGGCCCAGGGCGGCUUCCGCAGGCAGCAGCUGUUUGGGGACACGUGGCCCCAGCAGCCUGCGCGGGGCUUUCUGGAGCGGGUCGCAGGGAGCCGACCGCGGCCUGCGUUUCCCGUCCCCGUCAGGGAGGCGGGGACUGCCCCGAGGGGCACCGCGGGGUUCAGGAGUCGGGGGCUGUUCUGAGGAUAACUCAGGCGAUAGCUGCUUUGUCGUUCUGAGUUAAUCCCACCUUCUCCCAGUCAGCCGUGUGGCUUCCACUUCCAGACGGCGCGUCUUUCCCGCUGGCCUGUUUGCUGGGCCUGGUCCCUGCCGCUCCUUUCUGUGAGGUCAUCCAUCUGUGGCUUUUCCUCCGAUGCUCCCGGGCCAGGCCCCCAUGGCCCUCCCGUGGCUGCCGGCGUCGGGGUCACGGCCGGCCUUGCCUGUAACUGGGGCCGAGGCCGGGAGACGUGAGUGGCUUGUCCAGGCGCACAGGUCAGAGCUGAGACAGGAACCAGCGGCCCCGCAGCUGGGUUCAGGAAUGUUCUGGAAUCCAGGGUCAGGGAGGCCCCUCCCUCCAGGCAUCCUGCUGGGCCCAGUGCUGGUGCCAACAGGUUCAGCCCCAGCCCCGGGGGGCCGGAGCCUCCCAGAGGACAGACUGAGUCUGGAGAAAGCCCGUGAGCUGCGGGGCUCGGGCUGCCAGGGCGCGGCCGUGGGAUCGGGUCUGGGGUGGUUCUGGUGCUGGGAGGUGGGGGAGUCGUUAGAGCCCGUUGUCGCCUCCCACAUCACAGGGAGGGGCCCAGAUCAGAGAGGGCAGCCCUGUGCCUGCAGCCACACAGCACGCAGAGGAGGCUGGUGGACCCCACCCAAACCGGCCUCCUGAGGGAUCCUGGAACUUGAGGGGUGCCCCUGAGGAGCCCCAGUGUGUAGUUCACAUGUGACUGAGCCGGCAGGGCAGCCCUGGUCACCCCUGCCCCAAAGCACCGCACGGCGACCAGUCGCAUGUUGAGGCUGGCCCUGGGAGGCCGGGCAUUCCUGGGAGCGGCUCACAUGCAGGCAGGACGUAGGGCCGAGCUGGGCCAUCCCUGUGUGCCGAGCACCUGCAGGGCCUCCCGCAUGGGGCCCCAGUGGUCACUCCCAUCCUGGGGGUGGAGGGUUAGUGUGUGCCGGCCACACUGGGGAGCAGUGAGAGCAGCGAGUACGCUGGAGGGAGGUGUCUAUCGACGCUGCGUUGAAUUCAGAGGGGCGCCCUGGCCCCAGCGGCCCCCCCCCCCCCGCGCUGCCCACCAGCUGUGUCUCGGGCGGAGCCGGGGCCAGGCCAUACCUGCUGCUCUGGAGUGCUGUCACCUGUCAGGGUGAAGCCCGCCCGCCCGUGGGUCCAGCGCUGGUUCCCUGGCCGCCGCCUGGGGUCCACUCCCCACUUGUCCCGGAGCUUGGCGCCUGGUGUCUGAUGCCAGGUCGGCUAGAAUCACCCCAAAUCAGUCGUUUGCAAAGCAGGCGCUGGCCCAUAGCCACAGGGCAACGCCCCUCCCUCCCCGUCUAGGAGCUCGAGCUGAUUGCUGUCCGGAGGGGGCAGGGCACAUGUACCGUCCGCUCCCGUGCUGUUCUGGGGCGUCCCAGUCUGAUCUUUUCCUGCCCCAGCCCCCCUUCCUGCAGGCUGCCCCACUCAUGCUUGGCCUGGGCAGAGCUUCUAGAAAGGAGGGUGUGCUGAAUUUCUCACCCCCGUGAGUCUGUCCAGUGACCUCCAAGAUUCCCAGCCAUGGGCAGGUGGACCAGUCUCGAUUUGCUGUUGUCACGACCAUGAGCCAGUCCUGCUUGUGGCAGGAGACAAGCCCCUGGUCCACUAUUAGACCUGGAGAGCCUCGACCCAGGGGGCCUCCCUGGAGGAGGUGUCCUAAAGGAUGGUGGGCAUUAGGCCUUUGGUGGCAGAAGAACGUUCCAGCCCCAGGAAACAGUGGGUGCCAAGGGCGGGCUGGCGUGGGGGUUGGGGGCUCUGACAGCGUGACCUCACUGUGCCGGAACCGUUGCCCUUAGCCCCCCGGCUUUUCCUCUGCAGACGCUGGAGGAGGUGGUGGCUGGGCUGCCCAGAGCCAGUGGCAUGGGUUUGGCGUGGGUGCACGUCCAGCGGGCACCGGGGCAGGGACGCACCAGCCAUUGGGCUCUGCUGGCCACCCACUCCCUCUGUCCAGGUCCCUUGCCUGGGCCCGGGCACCUCGUCUGCAGCCAGGACUGGCCUUCCCGCUGGCCGCUGUCAGGGGCACCGGAGACACGGGACCUGCUGACCUGACUCCUGGGCCCUCUUGUGUCUUGCAGGAUAUGGCUGGUCCGCAAGCGCCCCAGGAAACUGAGAGCCGCCGUGGCUUUGGGAAGCCCCCAGCACGCACCGUCCAGGUCUCCGCCUCCCAGCGCGUCGUCCCAGGGACGCCGGAGCUCUGGUGGGACCAUCAGGACCUCAGGUCCCCCUGGCCGCCCCGUCUGGUGGGCGUGGCGCGUCGGGCAGUGACCGGAUGGAAGAGGAGCUCCCAGCUGCCCCUGCCGCACCGUGAGGACCCCGUCCGGGGGGCCCAGCAGGUGCCCCGCCCAGGCUCGCCGUGCGGGGCUGGGUCCCCGAGGGUGCCUCCUCCUCCCCGCCUGGCUGUGAGGCGCCUGUGAGCACCGCGCCCCACGCCCUGGCCGCUGCCACGUCGGCAAGUCCGAGCUGGACAAGCAGAGACCAGAUAAGGGAAACCAAGUCACACCUGCACCCCCAGGCUGGGUCCUGCUGGUGCCCCCAGCCCCACAGCUCGGAGUCGCUCUCAGAUAUUCGGGGCCCAGACUUUCAUGGAGGCUGAGGGUUCUGAGGCUUGCCCUGUACCCCUGGGGUACACCUCCCGACUGGGGUUCCAUGACUCGUUGUCACAGCGGUCCUGCAGGAGACACCCCUCGCUGCAGAGGCAGGGCCCAGUCUGGAGGGCCCGGGGGUGAGACCCCCCCGAGCCGGGCGCGGGCCUCUGCACCUGCGUGUCCCUGUGAGCUGGCGGCAGCCUGGCUUUCGGGGUGGGGGGACUGCCCGUCCGCUGUAGCCUGCGAAGCCCAUGCUCCCCUGGGACCCCAGGAGGUGGGGCUGACCGUGCCCUCCAGCCUGAGCAGGAGCCCCCAGGGGGCAUCCCUGGGUCCCUCCAGAGUCUCCAGUCUGCCGCCCCCCAAACCAGCCUCCCAUCUUGAAGGAAAGAGCAGCAUCUGGACUUGGGGGCAGGGAGGGUCAGCGGGGCGGCAGGACCGCCUCGAGCCCAAGGGGGGUGCCCGCCGGCUCCGGCCUCAGCACCCCAGCAGGUGAAGGGAGUGGCCGCUGGCCAUGGCGGGGCCCAGGAGGCUGUGCUGUCAGAGGAGGCUGUCCAGGGGACACUCCCCCAGCCCUUAGCCUGUGCUGGCCUCCCACAAGGCAGCCUCGCGGGGCUCCUGGGCUGAAGGCCCCAGGGGGCGUCACGGCCACUCCUGUCCAGGCGGGAACCCCCAGUUUCCCAAGCCCCUCCCCCUCGGCCCCCGCCUUGGCUGCCCUCGCUCUCCUCCCGCCUCCUGGUGCUUUUCUCCUGCAGGGUCCCCCAGGACGCCAGGCCGGCGGCCGCUCCUAGAGCACCGGAGCUCCUGCGCCGCCUCCCGCAGACGCCUCGGAAGCCGAAAGCCCCCGCGGCGCCCCGCCACGCCCUUUGGGGUGAGGUAGUAGGUUGUAUAGUUUGGGGCCCUGCCCUGCUCUGGGUAACUAUACAAUCUACUGUCUUUCCUGAAGUGGCCGUAAUGUCGACGGU